CUCGAAGCCUGCCUCACGGAGAAGAUGGUGGUCGCAGUGAGAACUUUGCAGGAGCAGCUAGAAAAGGCCAAAGAGAGCCUAAAGAACGUGAAUGAGAAUAUUCGCAAGCUCACCGGGCGAGAUCCGAAUGACGUGAGGCCCAUCCAAGCCAGAUUGCUGGCCCUUUCUGGUCCUGGAGGAGGUAGAGGAUGUGGUAGUUUAUUGCUGAGGCGUGGAUUCUCAGAUAGUGGAGGAGGACCCCCAGCCAAACAGAGAGACCUUGAAGGGGCAGUCAGUAGGCUGGGCGGGGAGCGUCGGACAAGAAGAGAAUCACGCCAAGAAAGCGACCCAGAGGAUGAUGAUGUUAAAAAGCCAGCGUUGCAGUCUUCAGUUGUAGCUACCUCCAAAGAACGCACACGUAGAGACCUUAUCCAGGAUCAAAAUAUGGAUGAAAAGGGAAAGCAAAGGAACCGGCGAAUAUUUGGCUUGUUGAUGGGUACUCUUCAAAAAUUUAAACAAGAAUCUACUGUCGCUAAUGAAAGGCAAAAGAGGCGCCAGGAAAUUGAGCAAAAACUUGAAGUUCAGGCAGAAGAAGAGAGAAAGCAGGUUGAAAAUGAGAGGAGAGAGCUGUUUGAAGAGAGGCGUGCUAAACAGACAGAACUGCGGCUUUUAGAACAGAAAGUUGAGCUUGCACAGCUGCAAGAAGAAUGGAAUGAGCAUAAUGCCAAGAUAAUUAAAUAUAUAAGAACUAAGACUAAGCCCCAUUUGUUCUAUAUUCCUGGAAGGAUGUGUCCUGCUACCCAAAAACUAAUAGAAGAGUCACAGAGAAAAAUGAAUGCUUUAUUUGAAGGUAGACGCCUCGAAUUUGCAGAACAAAUAAAUAAAAUGGAGGCUAGGCCUAGAAGACAAUCAAUGAAGGAAAAAGAGCAUCAGGUGGUGCGUAAUGAAGAACAGAAGGCGGAGCAAGAAGAGGGUAAGGUGGCUCAGCGAGAGGAAGAGUUGGAGGAGACAGGUAAUCAGCACAAUGAUGUAGAAAUAGAGGAAGCAGGAGAGGAAGAGGAAAAGGAAGUAGGUAUUGUUCAUAGUGAUGCAGAGAAAGAACAGGAGGAGGAGGAACAAAAACAGGAAAUGGAGUUUAAGAUGGAGGAGGAAACUGAGGUCAGGGAAAGUGAGAAGCACCAGGAUAGUCAGCCUGAAGAAGUUAUGGAUGUAUUAGAGAUGGUUGGGAAUGUCCAAAACGUAAUUGUUGAACAGGAGACGAUGGAAACUAAUCAAGUUGAAAGUAUAGAACCUUAAGAAAAUGAAACUAGCAAAGAAUUAGAGCCAGAGAUGGAAUUUGAAAUUGAGAAAGAUAAAGAAUGUAAAUCUCUGUCUCCUGGGAAAGACAAUGUUAGUGCUCUAGACAUGGAAAAGGAGUCUGAGGAAAAAGAAGAAAAAGAAUCUGAACCCCAACCUGAGCCUCUGGCUCAGCCUCAGCUCUUGCCACAACCUCAACUUCAGCCUCAACCUCAGCCUCAGCCUCAGUCUCAGUCUCAGCCCCAGCCCCAAUCUCAAUCUCAGUCCCAUCCUCCAUCUCAGUCCCAGUCCCAGCCAGUACUCCAAUCCCAGCUUCCCUCUCAGCCUGAGACUUUGCCAUUAGCUGUUUUACAGCCACCACCCCAGGUGAUUCAGGAGCAAGGGCAUUUACUACCUGAGAGGAAGGAGUUUCCUGUAGAAUCUGUAAAACUCACUGAAAUGCCAGUAGAGUCGGUCUUGACAGUACAUGCAGAGAGCAAGAGCAAAACCAAAACUAGGAGCAGAAGUAGAGGUCGAGCUAGAAAUAAAACAAGCAAGAGUAGAAGUCGAAGCAGUAGCAGUAGUAGUUCUAGUAGCAGUUCUACCAGUAGUAGCAGUGGAAGCAGUUCCAGUAGUGGCAGUAGUAGCAGUCGAAGUACUUCCAGUAGUAGUUCCAGUACAAGUGGCAGCAGCAGCAGAGACAGUAGCAGCAGCACUAGUAGUAGUAGUGAGAGUAGAAGUCGGAGCAGGGGCCGGGGACAUAAUAGAGAUAGAAAGCACAGAAGGAGCGUGGAUCGGAAGAGAAGGGAUACUUCAGGACUAGAAAGAAGUCACAAAUCUUCAAAAGGUGGUAGUAGUAGAGAUACAAAAGGAUCAAAGGAUAAGAAUUCUCGGUCCGACAGAAAGAGGUCUAUAUCAGAGAGUAGUCGAUCAGGCAAAAGAUCUUCAAGAAGUGAAAGAGACCGAAAAUCAGACAGGAAAGACAAAAGGCGUUAAUGGAAGAAGCCAGGCUUUCUUAGCCUAUUCUUUGCAGCAGAAGAUUUCUUGAUGAGUAAAAGGAUUACUUUUCCUUGUAAGGAGGAUGCUGCCUUAAGAAUUGCAUGUUGUAAAAAAUCUUUUGGAAAAUACAGACUGUUUGUUUACCAGACAUUCUUGUACUUUUUGCAUAAUUUUGUAAGAGUUAUUUAUCAAAAUUAUGUGAGGUUCCAAAAUAUGUAAAAAUAAUAAUAAUAAAAAAAGAUUAACAUCCCUUGUCAUCUUUUUUAAAUAUCCUAUACUCUUCAGUAAGAAUCUGUAUAUUUUAAUAGGCAAAUCUUUAAGUCUGUUCCCUUCUAAUUCUGUAUCAUACAUUGCUUUUGUAGAAAUAAAUGUGCAUUUCUUUCA